ACCAAGUUGAAAUGAAGGGGGAAAUUCGAGCGUUGCUGAUCUCAGAGAUGUUGAUCAAUUUAAGCUACUGAAUAAGUAAAAGGCGUACGCAAUUGAAACGAAACUGUUUUGCAACUAUGUUUACAUCCAAGACAGAGCAUCUUGCAGUUGCCUUGAUUGUUUUUGUGUUCGUAUGUACGAUGCAGUUCGCACACGCCGCCUAUGUUCCAGAAGUCGCAUGUGUGCAAACAUGUCAAAAAUUCAAGGAUGAAAAAUUUGACAAUUACUGUCAUAAAUACGGUUCAUGUGAUUGGUAUUGUGCUGCACAACGGAUGAACUGUUCCGCUCCAUACACGUACCACUGCGCGCGUGCAUUUGGAUAUCUUGAAAAUCAGUUUUUCAAUGUAUGCGCCAUCCCAAUACGGUGCAAAAAAGGUGAAGAACCAUUUAUCAACAUGACAAACACGCCUGCAGAAGUCAAGUGCAUUCCAUGUGUCAAUAAAGAUUACUACAAUGACAACGAUCAACUGAUGUCCUCAACCUUCUCAAAAUGUUCUCAUAUGAAAGUCAACAAAUGCACGAAGGAAAACUAUAAGAUAGACUGUGGACUUGAGCAUGGAAAUAAGGCAUGGAAUGUUCAGACGGAGACGGAUGGGUUCUGUCGUUGCGACGCAAGAGCGGGAUACGAGCCAAAAUAUAAAGAUGUAUUUCAUAUUAAAGGAGGAUAUUGCUUUUAUGAGAAGGUGGAAUGUGUUAAGAAAGAAUGUCCGGGCAUGGAAGUUUCACUGAAUUAUGAAUGCAUGCCAAGGUGCCCUGAUGGACAAGGUCGAAACCAGUUGUCAGAUGUUUGUACUGAUCUUAUACCACCAACAAUAUUUACAACAACAAAUGGAACAACAAACAUUGUCCUAUCAUCACAACAGGAAAAGGAUAGCACACUAGCUACAUCUCCACCAGCAACACAAACGUUUGAAGGUGAUAAGAAAUAUGAAUAUCUGCACACCUUUAUCAAAGUAAUAGGUGUUGUUGUCGUAAGCGUUGGUGUUGUUAUUGCAGGUUACUGUUGUUUCAAAACAUGGAAGAGACAGAGAAAAAAGAAUGGAGGAAGAUGGUUAAAAAAAUGGAUGAGAGAGAAGAAAGAGGAGGAAGGAAGAUCACAAAAUAAAAAUAAUACAGAUGAAAAUUUGGAAAUGGGAACUCGUACAGAUAGUAAAAAAUCAGACUCUCAAACACUUGAAAAAAACACUAAAACUGUUCACAAAACGACGGAAACAAACAUAAAUGGUGAUAAAAUCGAAAUCAUUGGUGGUGAAACACAUUUUCAUUUAUAUCAGAGUGAUCCUCGAAUUACAUCAGGUGGGGCGCAUAAUAUUGAUGACAUUAUUGAUAAAACGAAGAUAACAGAAUGUCCUACACCACCUCUUCUAAGGGACUUGGCAUCAUCAAAGGGAUCAUUUCAAAACAUUCCCAGCAAUGAAGGUGCUUCUCCAAAACAAGAUCGUAAAUGGCAGUCUCAUGGCAAGACAGAGAGAGAGGAAUCAGUAAUAUCUCAGCCAAGUGACGCUCCUGAAGAUGACAUUCCUUUUUGUGAUGACCCUCCUGAAGAAAGGAUUCCCCUGUUGACAACUACCAGUACCAUUACACAUGGUAUUGAAAAAACAUUGAAAUUUGGCACAAUGAGGCAGGACCUACAGCUGAAAAUCACUAAAAACUUACAAGCAAUAAAAAAGGAUAUUGAUGCUAAAGAUUUGCUGGAUAUAUUUAUUGAGAAAAAUGUCUUUGACUUCAAAGAUAAAGACGAAAUAGAGGGAUGGAAUCCAAAUACUCAGGAAAAUAGAAAUAAUUGCUUUAUACGAAAAAUUCUGCAGAAAGGGGAUAAUGCAUACACAGUAUUCAUAGAUGCAUUGAAAGCACACGGGUUUCAACAUUUAGUGGACCUGCUUGAAAGUAACCUAGUGGAUCCACUAAAUCAAGCUCAAUCAAUUCUAUGCCCCAUUUCAAAGAACAGGACAUUUAGCAGUCACAUGUUAGAUAAUGGACUCAAACCUGUUGGUCUAACUGAGGAACCAGAGACUGAUUGUGAUGAUGGAGUUAUUUCAGAUGAUGAAAAGGAAAAAUUUGCAGAAAACUUUCUGAAUGGAGUUCUACAUUCUUUCAAAGACUCAAAUGAUUCUAACUUAGCUACAAUUGAAUCCAUUCUGGACAAAAUGACAGAGAAAGAGAAAGUGAAAUUAUAUCUUAUGUUUAAAUUCCCUGAAAGGGAGAUAAAGACACCUGAAAUAUUCCAAAAUGACUUCACAUGCAAAAACUGUGGUAAGAAUUUCAUUCGCGGCAAUUCUUCUGGGAAGAACAACUCCUGCAUGUACCAAAGCAUAAGCAAGCUACUUUGUGGUGAUGAACGCCUGCAGAAUCGUCUACGUUUGUGCAGCACCCUGCAUGCUGUAGAGUGGUUCAAUUAUUAUGUUAAACAGAUGGAGGCUUUUGCUGGAAAAGAGAACUCCCCACCGAUGCGUGUUCUUCAAAUACUUGGCCAAGCUGAUAUAGCUCCUCAUGAGAUUGAAGACUGGAAAGUGAGCCUUCGAAAAGGCAUCAAGGAAAUAGUUGUCCAAACAAGUGAAUUAACUCGAGAUAGUUGUCAGUUACAUAUCAUGUUCCUGAGUCAUGCCUUGGGGUGCAAGAUUACCCAGCACUUUGAAGACAGCAACCAUCAUGAAGAUACUGAAGAUUGCCCGGUGCUGGAGAAGGAUACAGCAAAUACCUUGGGCAUUCUUGAUCUCCAUAUUUUGUGGAACAAGGAUAGAAACCAUUUGAUGCCAUUGUUUAAGAAGUGAAUAUGAAUAUCAUGUUUGUUUGUGAAUUGUUGCAUUAAAGGGGCCUUUUCACAGAUUUUGGAAUGUAAUGAAGUUUGUCAGUAAAUGCUUUAUAUUGAUAAAUGUAAACAUUUGAUCUUAAAAGCUCCAGUAAAAAAAAAAGAAUUCAAUUACAGAAAGAAAAAAAGCAACCCUCAACUGGGCUCGAACCACUGACCCCUGGAGUAAAAGUCUAUCGCUUAGACCACUCGGCCAUCCGUACUCAUACAAAGAGUGAUGAAUUUUAUACUUAUAAAGAAGCAAUCCUUGUAGUAUCACAAAAUAUAUCGACAACAACGGAACUCUCCAAAUUAUUCAAUUGUUUCGCAUUAUAUCGCUUUAUAAUUUUCAGGUUUUUAAAUUGUCAAAAGAUGCAUAAAAUGAUAUUUUAGAGCAUGGUAAAUCUACAGUAUUACUGUUUCCUCACAAAUACCACUACAACGAAAUUUGUCAAUUUAAAACAUUUUAUUUUUUAUUUUGUCAAUUACCCAAAAUGUGAAAAGGCCCCUUAAAUGAUCCCAUAUUGAGUGAGUUAUUAGAAUUGCACUUGUCUGUAGAUAUGUACGUGUAGAUACGUUUGUUUGUCUCACAUGUUGAUUGGUCUGUCCUAUCUUGUCCAGUGAGUAAUUUUAUCAUGUAUCAUUAAAUGUCAAUUUGACUUGUUCCGUACUGUUGCCAUAUGGGAACAAUUUCAUGUGAUUCCAAUCAUAUAUUGAGGGGCAUCUGCGUCUAUGACAAUCCUACCUUUUUUCAGUCCUGAGGCUGUGUUUGAAAAGCUCAAGUCAAUAAACCAUCUUUUCUAAGCAAGUUGUAUAUAGUUGUUAAUGUACUGAUUUUAGUCAGGGGAAUGUUGGAUGAUCUGUGAUAUCACGUUUAGUAUUUUAGGUGGUUAGAUACCUGUGAUCAGUUGGAUAAGAAUAAUUUCUUAAAAAAGAGAAAAUAAAAUAUUUUAUAUUUUUCUGUUUAUAGGAUUUGAAAAGGGAGGCUUUUUGUCAAAAUAGCAUUAUAACGUGGGUUGUAAUAUUAUCCCUCUUUUUAUGCCCCCUGUAGGGUGGCAUAUAGCAGUUGAACUGUCAGUCUGUUUGUCUGUCAGUCUGUGUGUCCGUCCGAAAACUUUAACAUUGAUCAUAACUUUUGCAUUAUUGAAGAUAGCAACUUGAUAUUUGGCAUGCAUGUGUAUCUCAUUCAUUGAGCUACACAUUUUGAGUGGUGAAUGGUCAAGGUCAUCCUUCAAAGUCAAAGAUAUGGUUUCAAAGCGGCGCAGAAGGGUGCAUUGUGUUUUUGACAAACACAUCUAUUGUUAUUGUCAUAUUAUAUUCAAUAUAUCAAGCGUUUCAUACAUAUAUUUCAUAUUGCUUUCAUUUAUGAAAUUGUUUCUGUAAUUCUUAAAAUUACUUUCACUGUAAACAUUUUGUAAAAUCAUUGAAACUUCAAAUAAAAUUUGUUGCAUAAUAUUGUGAUAAGGUAUAAAAAAAGGCAUUGUGAGGAACUGAAACAGCAGAAGGGAAUGUGUUUUUCCAUUCCAUUUAAGUCUAGCUUGAGCACUGAAUAGUAAUAAUUAAGUAUUCAAUCAUUUAUAAUAUUUGAAUGCCAUUUUGCUCAUGAUAUAUUUUUUAUUCAUUUUUUGUAUUUUCGUUUUAUAAACUCUUACAUUUUAUUGUAUAUUCAUCUUUAGAGAAUUAAUAUCUCUGUUAUAUUGUAUUUUUCUCUGUUAAUGUUAUACAAUCAUGCAUAAUUUAAAAAAUUGAUAAAGCUUUCAUGUAAGAAAUGUUGCCAUUUUGUGAAUUAUUUUUUUAAAUUUCAAAUCAGAUAUUGAAAGUCAAUGUUGUUCAAAUGAAUUGUUUUAUUGUUUGUAAACGUGUAGUAACCAAUUAAAAGUAGGAAAUCUGAGUUAUUUUAGAUAAGAAUAAAUGAAGUGCAUACUUAAACAGAUUUAUCAGAAUCAGACAUUGAUCUUUUUAGAAUACAUUUCCGUAGCAUGCAAUUGGUUUAUCUUGUCAGAUUACAUACCGGUUACUAUUAUAAAAUUGAUAAGAAUAAAACAAGUAUUUUUUAA